AUGUGGCGCUUUAGGGAAGACGACCAAGAAAGUGAUUGGUCAGUGAGUGUUGGUGCUGGAGCGCAUCCGUCAUUGUUGUCCUUUCAUGACACCAAUAAUAACAAUAAACAGCAGCCGAUUGAAGCAGUUGUGGAUAACUUACUUGGUGGCUUAAGGUAUCGGAUGGAUGUUCGAGCUGUUACGGAAGCUGGUGCCGGUGAUUUUAGUGCUGCAUCUGAUGCUGUACACGUAGAAAUGCCCAUUUUACCUCCUCCACGUCCUUCAUCAGGCAUUGAAAUAGUGUACAACACAAUUCAUAGCACCGAUUUGGGAAUACGAUAUAGCACAUCGAUGUUCAACGCCAAGCACGGAUAUCUGAAGAAGUCUGCUCUAAUUGUUGCUGAAGUUAACAAUAACAAUGAAAAUAUAAUCAACUCUAUUAUAGACAAUCAAAACAAAACACUUACAUGGAGCCAAGUGCAGAGAUUCGAUUUGUGGCCAGCAUACGUUGCGAUUGAAACAAUGAUUGAACCGCUCCGAAAAUUCUUUCCGCCUCACUUUGUUUCUGAAGUAAUAGGUGUGGACAGUACCUGCAGUAAUAUCGAAGUUGACACUAUUUGUAAUGGGCCACUCAAGCCAGCAACAUCGUAUCGUUUUAAAUUACGACUGUACACGGCACCAGAUAUGUGGACUGACUCAGAAUAUUCUGAAAUCGCAACGACAAGUUGGUUCAUUAAUCAUUCAUUGCUCUGA